AUGGGCGUGGCAGCUCUUUUUCGUUCCUGUCGCGCCCGGACAGUGUGCCAGAGAGGCCCGUGCGGUAAGAGCUUGAUCAGCGGGAGACCAGCGUGCCGUUUGCGGCAACCAAGCCAAGAAGAGAUCAAUCUCCACAGUUCCUGGGAACUCGUCUCAGGCGGGCGGAGAAAACGCACAGUAUGGAGUAUAUGGAAUGAGCAGAAUGGCGUUUCUCGGUUUACCGUUGAAGUUCGAUGCGUAAUACUGCUAAGGUACUCGAUUAUGGUUGCAUCUCGAUGGGUCGACUGA